AUGAAGAUAACAAAAGGAGAGCAAAGAAAGCCAAGAAAAAGGAAAAGAAGAGGAAACACAGAUCGAAGAAAUAUAAGAAAAAGAAGUCUAAGAAGAGCAGAAAAGAGUCCAGUGAUUCAAGCUCUAAAGAAUCCCAAGAAGAGUUUCUGGAGAAUCCCUGGAAGGAUCGAACAAAGACUGAAGAACCUUCAGAUUUAAUUGGCCCAGAGGCUCCAAAAACACUUACCUCUCAAGAUGAUAAACCUUUGAACUAUGGCCAUGCCCUGUUACCUGGUGAAGGUGCAGCUAUGGCUGAAUAUGUAAAAGCUGGAAAACGUAUCCCACGAAGAGGUGAAAUUGGCUUGACAAGUGAAGAAAUUGCAUCAUUUGAAUGCUCAGGUUAUGUAAUGAGCGGUAGCAGGCAUCGCCGAAUGGAGGCUGUGCGACUACGGAAAGAAAACCAGAUCUAUAGUGCUGAUGAGAAGAGAGCCCUUGCAUCCUUUAACCAAGAAGAGAGACGAAAGAGAGAGAACAAGAUUCUGGCCAGUUUUCGAGAAAUGGUUUACAGAAAGACCAAAGGGAAAGAUGACAAAUAAGGAUUUUCUGAUUGUCCAGAGACAUUUUUAACAACAAAAACGAAAGUCUGAGCUCCACACGUGCAUACAAAAAGAUUGUCAUGCUCUGAGAAAGCUUUACAUUGCUACUGUGCCUUCUAUUUAAUUCUUUCAGUCUUUAAGUAAAAAGCUGCUUAUUGAUAGAACUUUAA